GAGAGAGAGAGAGACAGAGAGAGAGACAGACCCAUUCCCAUCCCCCACACAAAAAGUGGUGGGAAAAAAAGUUCUUUUUGUACACACUGCCAUGAUGGCGAUGAUGAUGCCUGCAAUCUCCAACAGCAGCAGCAACAACAACAAUAACACUUCCUCUCCUUCACUUUCUACUCUUCUCUAUACUUACCUCUUUCCCUUCUCCUCUCUUCGCUUCCUCAUGGCUGAUUCCUCACGGCUCUCUCGCAUCUCAUGCAAUUGCCCAUGAAUGGUAGAGAACCUGCAAGAGAGCUAUGGAGAAAAAGUGCGGGUGCUGGGCUGUGCUGAGACGCGGCGUUAGAGGUGCCUGCAAGCCCACUGCUUCUAAAGACUCUGUCAAUACAAUCCCUCGUACUAGUCUAGUUUAUGAUGCAGGUCACAAGGGUUUCGUUCCACUUGGCAUCGCACCGUGUUCCCAAUACGUCUACUGAAACGCGUUAUCUAAAUGCCAGCAACAGAGAACUCUGUCCUCCAGGCGAAGCUCAGCUAUCUUCAGAGAAUCCUGUUCCGCCAUCAUCAGAAAGCAAAACUCCUUGCCAGCUGCUUCAGUUUUCUUUUCAGGAACUAAAAGCUGCAACGGGGAAUUUCAGACCUGAUAGUAUUCUUGGGGAGGGUGGAUUUGGAUACGUGUUCAAAGGAUGGAUUGAGGAAAAUGGGACAGCACCAGCGAAGCCUGGGUCGGGAAUUACAGUUGCAGUCAAAAGCUUGAAGCCAGACGGUCUUCAGGGCCAUAGAGAAUGGCUGGCUGAGGUCGACUUCCUUGGACAGCUCCACCAUCCUAAUCUUGUUAAACUUAUUGGGUACUGCAGUGAAGAUGAUCAACGGCUGCUUGUUUAUGAAUUUAUGACCCGUGGAAGUCUUGAAAACCAUCUUUUUAGAAGGACCAUACCUCUUCCAUGGUCCAGUAGGAUUAAGAUUGCACUUGGCGCAGCAAGGGGACUGGCGUUCCUCCAUAAUGGCCCUGAACCAGUCAUAUAUAGAGACUUCAAGACAUCCAAUAUAUUGCUUGAUUCGGAGUAUAAUGCAAAGCUUUCAGAUUUUGGUCUAGCCAAAGCUGGGCCUCAAGGAGACAAAACACAUGUUUCUACCAGGGUUGUUGGAACUUAUGGAUACGCUGCUCCGGAGUAUGUAAUGACAGGACACUUGACAUCUAAGAGUGACGUUUACAGUUUUGGUGUCGUGCUACUCGAGAUUUUAACGGGCAGAAGAUCAAUGGACAAGAAACGCCCUAGUGGAGAACAAAAUCUCGUUGUAUGGGCUCGGCCACAUCUAGCUGACAAGCGAAAGCUUCAUCAAAUAGUGGAUCCUCGCUUGGAAAUGAAUUACUCUCUUAAAGGGGUGCAAAAAGUCUCUCAGUUGGCUUUCAACUGCCUCAGUAAGGACUCAAAAUCCCGCCCUACAAUGGAUGAAGUUGUUAAAGUUCUGACUCCAUUGCAAGAUCUUAACGAUCUUGCUAUCAACCAUUCUCGUCUAUCCCAACAAGGGAGACGCAAGAAAAAAGAUGGAACCCCACAGCUCACCUAUAACCAAUCCAAGAACAUCAGAGACUCUCCACUGAACAUUGGCAAGCAGCAUUGUAGAUGAUGGGCAGCCAAUUCUCCUUGAUUGGCUCAAGUACUAUUUGAUAAAACAAAGGCUCGCCGCGUGCCAUCUCUUUCAACUGGGUAAUUGUCACAAGAACAUAUUUCAAGCUUGUAUAAUUUUUGGGUGUUUGAAACUUGCCAGAGCAGCAGGGACAACGGGAGAGGAAAGGUACAUCAGUUUUCCUUUUCCUAGGCCCUUACAUUAGAGUGCUAACCAUCAAUUUAGAACAUUCCUCGCGAGUUGCCUGUGUUGUAAUUGAGCUAUAUACUGUAAUUAGAUAAAACUUAUCAUUUCCAA